AAAAGCCGGAGUCCGACAUUUACUCGAUAUCACGAGAAAAAAGGAAAAGCCCACACUGUGGAAACUGGGGACAGAGUCAGAUGUGCUUUCAUUCCUCUCGAGGGACUUAAAAAACAAGAAAAAUAACGUUAAAUUUGCGGAUACAGCGACAUUCCGAUUUUAUCCGAAGGAGUACAAAUUGCAGUUACUUGGAUGCCAGACUGUAAUACAUCCAGUGCUCUGCUUCACGCCCCCUUAACAUUCUGAACUUUGUUAGCUUUAAAUCAUGCGUUUCUUACUUUCCCGUUAUAUCCAUAACGUGGAAUGGUGUUGAUGCGGGCAGUUCGCUGUUAAAUGAUCUCCAUCUGCAGCAUUGACGAAGGUGCGCAGGUCUAGUUCCCCUGCGAAGUCGGCAACUGCUAAAAUCAAAUUGGGCAACAUUGUUCAAAAGACAACAUUGCGGACCUGAUCUGCUUAUACAUUUUAAACAAUUAUUGACAGUGCUGAGGUGCAGCAAGAAACAUCAGUUUUAUAAUUUGGGAAGAGGGAGACGAGAAACGACUCUAUCCCUCAAGUGAUCGGAGUUCUGGGAAUCUGAAAACGUUAUGACUAGGGAGUCGCGACUCCAGUCUCUGGUUUUACAGUAAAAGCGAGCUUACACAUCACGGUGCGCUCAGACUGAAGCGGGCAAGCGUGAGCCGGGCAAGGCAAGGCACGGCUCUUCAGAGAACCCUCUCUCUUCGUCACACCACCCUGCUACGCUCCACAUUCACUCAGAAUCGUUCUAAUGUGCGUCCAGAAGACGGGUGGACUUUAUACGGUUACACGGUGCUGUCUGAUGGCUGAGAACCUGGAAUGAAUCAGUGGAUUAAGUUGAAAGCGCAACGGUGCAGUUUUUGUGGGAAGUAAAUACAUUUUUUAAAAGGAUCCGCCGCUUGGUUCGACUGAAUGGAUCUUGGUUGGAAUAGUUUGGAUUGGUUUGGAAGGUCUAACUUCUAAUGCAUUUUGGAGCGACGCCACUUUCCCUUAAAUAAAACUCGAGUUCACAUAAUAUUCAUCGGAUAAAGCUUUACACAUCGCUAAGCAAUGAUGUUGGCUACUUUCUAUUUCGUUUUGCCUUUGCUGGAUGCGGUGUUGUCGGCUGACUCGACUCUGAUGCCGGGCUCUGCCCGACUGGACUGCGUUAAGGCGAGUGAGCAGUGCCUCAAAGAACAGGGCUGCAGCACCAAGUACCGAACGCUUCGGCAGUGCGUGGCCGGCAGAGAAGGCAAUUUCAGCAUGGUGGCUGGGCCAGAGGCGAAGGACGAGUGCAGAAGAUCCAUGGAUGCCCUCAAACAGAGCCCACUGUACAACUGCAGGUGUAAAAGAGGAAUGAAGAAAGAGAAAAACUGCCUGCGGAUCUACUGGAGUAUUUACCAAAGUUUGUUGGGAAAUGAUUUACUGGAAGAUUCCCCAUAUGAACCAGUGAACAGCAGGCUUUCUGAUAUAUUCCGAUUAGCACCAAUCAUUUCUGGAGAGCCUGCAAUCACAAGGGAAAACACCUGCCUGAACGCCGCCAAAGCCUGCAACCUGAAUGACACAUGCAAAAAGUACAGAUCGGCCUAUGUUACCCCCUGUACCACACGUGUCUCCAAUGCCAAUCUCUGCAACAAGCGCAAGUGCCACAAGGCUCUCCGGCAGUUUUUCGACAAAGUGCCUCCCAAACACAGCUAUGGGUUGCUUUUCUGCUCCUGCCCUCCAGGCGAUCAGGCUGGCUGCAUGGAGAGGCGGCGGCAAACCAUUGUUCCCAUAUGCUCCUACGACGACAAGGAAAAACCAAAUUGCUUGUCUUUGCAAGUGUCGUGCAAGACGAAUUACAUGUGCAAGUCAAGACUUGCCGAUUUCUUUGCCAACUGUCAGCCUGAGUCACGAUCCAUGAGUGGUUGCAUAAAAGAGAACUACGCUGACUGCCUCCUUGCCUAUUCAGGUCUGAUAGGCACAGUGAUGACACCAAACUACUUGAAAUCAAGCAGCAUCAGUGUUUCUCCAUCCUGCGACUGCAGUGGCACUGGUAACAACAAAGAAGAGUGUGAAAAAUUUUUGAACUUCUUCAGGGAUAAUGCUUGUCUUAGAAAUGCAAUACAAGCAUUUGGUAACGGCACCGAUGUAAAUGUAUGGCAACCCAUGCCUCCUGUUCAAACAACUACAUCGACUACAACGCCGUCUAACAAAAUAAAAGAGAGAUCUCCCAAUUCUUUGGACUCUUCAACCCACAUCAAUGAGAUCAGCACUUCAGAUGAUGCUAACACCUACCACAUGUGUGCAAGCUUACAGGCUCAGAAACUGAAAUUGAAUCAUUCAUUGGACACAUCCAUAUGUGAGGUCAUGCCCAAUGAAGAAGCGGGCUCCAAAGAUCUCAUCAUGUCAAAAAAUUCCUGCAGAGCUGCAGCACCAUUUUAUCUGAGCACUCUGGUGCUCAUUCUCAUCGCUGUGGUGCACUCUGCUCUUCUGGCUGUUGACUCUGCUAAAACAUUAUAGCUGCAUUCAUAAUAACAAACAUAAUGAACCUGUUUAAAAAAAAUAGUCUGUUCCCAGUCUCCUGUUGUAUUUGUUCCAAGAAUCCAGUUGUAGAGGGUAUGUGAAGCACCUGAAGUGGUCUCACUGUAACUGGAAUUCAUUAAAACAAAGCUUCUUGUGGUAUUUUGGGGCUAUGUGAAUACUUGAUGCAGUGCUACAUUCCAAAUCAGAAUGGCUUGUGGACAUGUGGAGUCUUUUGGAGAGUUGAGAAAAUGAAGACAAGAUUUCUUUAUUCACUGUACAGUGACUUGGCUUAGGAUCCAGAAUGGAAGGACAGAAGCAUUUUUAUCGUUGAAAACCUUGUUUGUGGUGUCCGUGUGUAAUAUUUUUUCUUUUGUUCUGAAACCCAUGAGCAAAGAAGAACACAGCAGGGGAGAGGGGAGAAAUUUUAGUGGGGAAGCACUCACUUGUCCAGGAGAACUGUAGUAUCACGAUGAGAACGACUUAGUGAGUGGGCCUUUCUUGUGGCUUUUAUCCCUUUUUUUUUUUUGUGGACUGCUAAAAUGUUGAAAACAUUACAUAUAUAAAUAUAUAUUUUCUCUUUCGCUAGCCACCUUCUACUUUUAAUGUAGUUGCAAGUGGCUCUGUACAGAUGCUCCAGAGAAUGUUAGGUCACAUCAGUAUUUUCUUUUUCUUCUGUUCCUAUGUUUUAAGAGAGCCCUAUCUGCUGUAUUGAAAUUUAACAUUACUAUGCUUUUCACAUUUAUCUAAUAUUGGCAAGCCUUAGUAAUAUAACCCUAUCUAUUAAUUUUCUUGAACUGGGAGAAAGCAAAGGGAGCUGUAAAGGAAAUUGGGAAAUAAGAGUUCUAUUUAAAGAUGCAUUGAUUUUACAAACUUAGCUUAAUGACUAAAAAAUACAAAUAUGUAUUCAUGAUUAACACCGAGCUUUUAAAGCAGCUACAACAACAGUUUAAUCAGUAUAUUAUCUUAAGCAGUAUUAUAACAAAUAGCUCAUGCCUUUACUUGGAAUUUAACAUAUUAACAGCCUGUGUUUCCUUUGUUCAGUGUCUAAUAUUUAUUGCAUUACAAAAACAUCUCUUUGUGCUACAGCAUUAGAUCUGUGAUGAAAACACAGCUACUCUGAGUAAAGUGACACUGACCGUCUCCGUACCUGGCCAGUUAUAGUCUCAGCUGCUUCUCAUCACUAUUUUAGUUUUGUAACUGGACAGUGAUAGAAAUGGCUACAUCUUGGCCACAUUGAACCACAAGUGCAGCAAAGCAGUGUACUCAAGAGUCCCAGAGAUUCUCCUUUUGAUUGUGAGGCCUGGAAAUCGAGAUGCCAUGCAAGCAGAGAAGAUUCCUCAGUAAGCCAGUGUUUCUUUUUGCUGUCAAAUAUGUAUGUAAUAUUUUCUAAGUUUUAAAUGCACAUGACAUCAUUCAGUAUAUCACACAUGAAGUGGCAAGUGGAGCUGUAGAUCAGUAACCAUAAAACAAAAAAUGUGAAAAAGUUAAAAAAGAGAACAUUACAAGUUACAUGAGAACAUAAGAAACAAGGCACUACUCAGUCCAUGUAGGUCAUUGCUAGGUUGUCCUGAUAUUCCAUCCAGAUGCGUUUUUAUAAGCCAUUAGGGUCACUGCUUCAGGCUUGCAACUCUGUAUGUUAUUUCCAGCUACUUGGUUUUCCACAGCAUGUUUUUUUUUUUUUUAAAUAUGGCGUUCUCCCUAUGCCAUGUGAGGUAGAUUGGCCAUUCUAAAUUGGCGUAGCGUGGCUUCAUUGAUAGACUAGUGUCCAGUCCACCUAUGGCUCACACCAUUGGGUGUUUGGGUAUGGCUUCAGUCCCUCGGGACCCUGAACUGGUCUAACAAUGGGAAUAUGGGUGAAAGAUUGACUGAAAGAAAGAAUUGUCUUGUGAGUCAGCAAUGUAAUACAUAAUCCCUAAAUAAAUUGUAUACUUACCUAAACAUCUAUCUAUCUAUCUAUCUAUCUAUCUAUCUAUCUAUCUAUCUAUCUAUCUAUCUAUCUAUCUAUCUAUCUAUCUAUCUAUCUAUCUAAACAUAUGAGGAAAUUAAGCAUUCUUUUAGAAUACAUUACAUAAAAAUCGGUUUAUGAAGGGCUGCUUCCAUAUGUACCUUAAAGAAAAAAAAAAUAAGUGCUAAUUAAAUUCCACUCUGGACAACAAAAAGGUCAGAAACACAACCAGCUCAGUUUGUGAUGAGUCCAGUCAAUGGACAUCACAGCUGUUCGCAGGCCCGUAUGCGCGGCAAACACGAUACAGUAACUGAACUGUUGAUGCCUCGUUAGGUGAGAGUGCAGAGUGAGGCUCAAAAACCAACGCAAUGUGCUUCUGACUUUCUUUUUAUUUUGAGGCAUGGAAUUAACUUUCACCUUUUCCCUUCCAGCAUGAGUGUUUCAUGGCCAACCUAGUCGCUGUUUGUCAGAAGUGCACCCAUUUUUAUGUUCUGCUAUCUGUAGGAGAAUUCCCCUUGAUGGACUAAUGUCCUGUCCAGGUUUAGUCUCUUGUCAGCCCCCAAUUCUGUCACAGUCCAAGUAGCACAGUUUAAAAACAAAAGCUGCACAAUUUAGAAUUUAUGACAAAUUCAUUCUUACUAAUAUACAAAAACAUUUCUGUAAUAUCCCAAAAAAUGAAACAAUGCCAAAAUGAUUCAUUUUUAAUGGACACAUGGGCACCACAGCGGCACUACUGUAUCUUUACAGUGCCAGACGUGUUCUAGUUUGGCUGACUAGCAAUUGUAAGUCGAGUGAGUGUGCAGGCAUCCCAUCAAAGGCUCACACCCAAUGCCAACUGGACAGGAUCUGACCUUCACCUCACUGCAAUGGAAUUAAAGUCUUUAGAAAAUGAAGAUUCAUGCUUGAGUGGCACACAAUGCCGUGACAGUAGGCUGUCUGUGAAAAACAGUUUGGAUGCAGUCUGAUGAAUUACAUUUAGUUCUAUUUCUCUUACAAGUUUUCUUUAAAAAGUUCUUUUAAAUAAGCCUUUCCAAUAAAAGAUACCGUUUUUGUUUUAUAUCAUUAUGUGUACAGUCCCUUGCUGAUUCACAGUCUAUUAAAUCAGAUUAAAGCUGAAAACAUUUUAAAUAACAAAAUGCUUGUUUUAUUGUAAGUUACUGUUUAAUCGAUCACCAAUUCCUAAACUAUAACACGCAUCACUGAACCACAGCUAAAACUGGUCUUGAUAAAAAAAAAAACGUUAACUUUAGCAGUAAGACUGGCCACCCCCAGAACGGGACGCCCCCAUACGCCCCAGGAAGGUUGCACAUUUUUGACAAAUGAAGGUUGAUGUGCACAUUCAAUAGUUUGGGCAGAAAAUUAAAAGAAAAAAUGUUAACAUGAGGUGCCAGUGUCUCCUUUCAAGGCAUCUCUUUUAUUUUCUUUGUGUUUUAAUCUUCUGCCUGCUGCUAAAAAUACAAGUAAAUUAAAAGGAAUUCACAUUUUAAAGAAUAGGGUGACACCAAAGUGUAAACUCAAUUUUAAAACUGUGCUUUGUUUUAUUUCAGUGAACAAUUAACUGUGUUUUAUAAAUACUAGAGUGGAAAAUAAAUAUGAGCUGCAGAAAAAAAAAAUCCUCUAAAGUAUAUCCUGAUUUCUUAAUUUAAAUAUUUUCAAUGACCUUUUCAGGUGUACUUGAUGUUAAAUGGCGGAUCAUGUCAAUGUCUUUUCAUAUGAUAUUCUGAACCACACCAUUGAGUAUGUCGAUACUGCAGAGCCUGACUAUUUUUAUAUAUGUAAACCUUAAUACAUCAGAGAAUAUUGUUUAGUAUUUCUGCUUAUUCUGUUUAUAUACUGUAACUGCCAUAUUAUGCGCUGUUUCCAAAAAAUACUUUCAGAUUAUUUUUCUAAUUGUAUCUUUUUUCUUUACUUUAAUUUCACUUUCAUGUGAACAUGCAAAAUGGCAAUGAGGGUGUUGCAUCCAGUAAAUCUUGCAUGGCUCCUAAUUAACAUGUAAUUACCUACUGUAUGGUGUAUUCGGUUGACAGUCUAAAUAUUUGUUGGUCUUCUCUUUUGAAAUCACAACAGCACCUUUUAUGUAGCCAGAACAGAUAAAAGGCAGGUUUGUUUUCCUUUUCAUUUGAUUUGGUAUUGUUUUAUUUGUACCGUUCUAUGGAUACAUGGCGUUGCAGAAGAGGUUGGUGUUUACGCAAGGUGUGUAACAUGCAGAUUGUAUAGGCUUCUGGUCUAGAGGAUCCAAAACCAGAAAUUCUGCAAGCUAAUAAAUAAUAAUAAUAAUAAUAAUAAAGAUCCUCCAGUUAUAAGGGUCAUUGCUAUCUAGCUUGUGAAAAUGUACAAUAAUAAGGAUUUGUACCAAAACAAUUAAACAUGUUGACCUAUCAUAA